GCCCCGCGCGCAGAGGAACCGCUGCCCGGGUCUCAGUCUCAGCGCCGGGCUGGUGCCCAAGCCAAGCGCGGCCCAUCGCUGCGCUCCCGGCUCCCGUGGACCCUUCACCAUCAGGUUGCUUUCAGCUAUGUAACGUGUUCCGAUCCCAUGAAAUGGAAAUCGACCAGUGCCUGCUGGAGUCGCUGCCCCUGGGCCAGCGGCAGCGGCUGGUGAAGCGCAUGCGCGGCGAGCAAGUCAAAGCCUACUACGAGCGCGAGAGGGCGCUCCCGAGACACGAGGCGCUGCUGCGCAGGCGCAGGCCCGCCCGGAGCCCGCGAGUGCGCUUCAGCCGGGCAGACAUGAUUCAGGACGCCAUCAUCCACCGCCACGACAAAGAAGUGCUUCGGCUCCUGAAGGAGGGGGCAGAUCCUCACACGCUCAUUUCCUCCGGAGGGUCCUUACUCCAUCUGUGUGCUCGGUAUGACAAUGCCUUCAUUGCAGAGAUUCUGAUUGACAGAGGAGUCAAUGUCAACCACCAGGAUGAAGACUUCUGGACACCAAUGCACAUUGCAUGUGCAUGCGAUAACCCCGACGUCGUCCUGCUUCUGGUGUUAGCUGGAGCCAAUGUCCUCCUCCAGGAUGUUAAUGGGAAUAUUCCACUGGACUAUGCUGUGGAGGGGACCGAAUCCAGCUCUAUCCUGCUGACGUAUCUGGAUGAGAAUGGAGUGGAUCUGACCUCGCUUCACCAGAUGAAGCUCCAGAGACCCAUGAGUAUGUUAACAGAUGUCAGACACUUCUUAUCGUCUGGAGGAAAUGUUAAUGAGAAAAAUGAUGAAGGAGUAACUCUGUUACACAUGGCGUGUGCAAGUGGCUACAAGGAGGUGGUCUCUCUUAUCCUGGAGCACGGUGGAGACCUCAAUAUUGCAGAUGACCAGUACUGGACUCCCCUUCACUUAGCAGCCAAGUAUGGCCAGACAAACCUGGUGAAACUUCUGCUGAUGCAUCAGGCAAACCCAAACCUCGUGAACUGUAAUGAAGAGAAGCCGUCAGAUAUUGCCGCAUCUGACUUUAUUGAAGAAAUGCUGCUGAAAGCUGAGGUCGCCUGGGAAGAAAAAAGGAAAGAGCCUUUACCUGUUCCCACCUUGGCACCCGAGGAGCCCUAUGAAGAGAUCUUUCACAACCUCCCAGCUCUCUCCAGUAAGCUUAGUCCCCUGGUGUUACCAAUUGCCAAGCAAGACAGUUUGUUGGAAAAAGACAUUAUGUUCAAAGAUGCAACCAAAGGUCCCUGUCAGCAGCAGCCCCCGGACGGCGCACCGGAGAGCCCCCCAGUGAGCAGCUCCACCAGGCCUGAGCAGGUCAAGCUGAUGCCGCCUGCUCCCAACGAUGACCUGGCGACCCUCAGUGAGCUCAAUGAUGGCAGCCUGCUUUAUGAGAUUCAGAAGCGCUUCGGGAAUAAUCAGAUACAUACUUUUAUUGGGGACAUCCUCUUGCUUGUUAAUCCAUUCAAGGAGCUUCCCAUUUACUCUCCCAUGGUCUCCCAGCUGUACUUCAGCACCUCAGGGAAGCUGCACUCCUCCCUGCCCCCCCACCUCUUCUCCUGUGCAGAGCGAGCUUUCCAUCGGCUCUUCCAGGAGCUGCGGCCUCAGUGUUUCAUUCUCAGUGGAGAAAGAGGAUCGGGAAAGACUGAAGCUGGCAAGCAGAUAAUGAGACACCUCACCUGUAGGUCUGGCUCCAGCAGGACCAUACUGGAAUCCAGAUUCAAACAUGUCAUGUGCAUCUUAGAAGCCUUUGGACAUGCCAAGACAACACUUAAUGACUUGUCCAGUUGCUUCAUAAAGUAUUUUGAACUGCAGUUCUGUGAGAGGACCAGACAUAUAACUGGAGCCAGAAUUUAUACGUAUAUGCUAGAGAAAUCCAGACUCAUCUCACAGCCUCUUGGCCAGAGCAAUUUUCUCAUUUUCUACUUGUUAAUGGAUGGGUUAUCUGCUGAAGAAAAAUAUGGACUUCACCUUAAUAACGUGUGUGCACACCGGUAUUUGAACCAGACCAUGCGGGAAGAUAUAUUAACAGCAGAGCAGUCCCUGAACAGGGAGAAAUUAGCUGUUUUGAAACAAGCCCUAAAUAUAGUUGGUUUCAGCAAUUUGGAAGUAGAGAACCUGUUUGUAAUUCUAGCAGCAAUAUUACACAUCGGAGACAUCAGGUUUACUGCCCUGACUGACACCGACUCUGCCUUUGUCUCUGACCUCCAGCUUCUAGAGCAAGUGGCUGGAAUGUUACAAGUAUCAGCAGAUGAACUGGCUUCUGCCUUAACAACUGAUAUCCAAUAUUUUAAAGGCGACAUGCUCAUACGACGGCACACUGUACGGAUUGCUGAGUUUUACCGAGACCUCUUGGCCAAAUCCCUGUACAGUCGUCUGUUCAGCUUUCUGGUGAAUACUGUGAACUGCUGUCUGCACAGUCAGGAUGAACACAGCAGCAUGCAGACAUUGGAUAUUGGAAUAUUGGAUAUCUUUGGUUUUGAAGAAUUUCAAAAGAAUGAAUUUGAACAACUCUGUGUCAACAUGACCAAUGAGAAGAUGCACCAUUAUAUCAAUGAAGUGCUUUUUCUACACGAGCAAGCAGAGUGUAUACAAGAGGGAGUUGCCAUGGAAACAGCAUAUUCUCCUGGUAACCAGACUGGAGUUUUGGAUUUUUUUUUCCAGAAGCCAUCUGGAUUUCUGUCUUUAUUGGAUGAAGAAAGCCAAAUGAUUUGGCCAAUGGAAACAAACCUCCCCAAAAAGCUGCAAAGCCUCCUGGAAUCAUCAAACACAAAUGCAGUCUACUCCCCCAUGAAGGACGGGAACGGGAACGUUGCCCUCAGAGAUCAAAGCACGGCGUUCACCAUCAUGCACUAUGCGGGAAGGGUAAUGUAUGACAUUGUUGGAGCAAUUGAAAAAAAUAAAGACUCCCUUUCACAGAAUCUGCUAUUUGUAAUGAAAACUAGUGAAAAUGUCGUGAUCAAUCAUUUGUUCCAGUCGAAAUUGUCACAAACAGGAUCCCUCAUAUCUUCCUACCCUUCCCUUAAAUUCCGAGGACAUAGAUCUGCCCUGCUCAGUAAGAAAAUGACAGCUUCUUCAAUUAUCGGAGAAAACAAGAAUUACCUAGAACUUAGUAAGUUAUUAAAAAAGAAAGGGACUUCCACAUUUCUUCAAAGACUGGAACGCGGGGAACCAGUAACCAUUGCGUCACAGCUCCGGAAAUCACUGGUGGAUAUUACUGGGAAACUUCAAAAGUGCACUCCGCAUUUUAUUCAUUGCAUCAGGCCCAACAACUCAAAGCUGCCAGAUACUUUCGAUAAUUUUUAUGUGUCUGCUCAGCUACAAUACAUUGGGGUUCUGGAGAUGGUGAAGCUCUUCCGGUAUGGAUACCCCGUACGCCUUCCCUUCUCGGAUUUCCUGUCAAGAUACAAGCCAUUGGCUGUGACAUCGCUGUGUGAGAAGACGGAGCAGUCUGCCGAGGAGAGAUGUCGGCUUGUCCUCCAGCAGUGUGAAUUACAAGGCUGGCAGAUGGGAGUCCGAAAAGUGUUUCUAAAAUACUGGCAUGCUGACCAGCUCAAUGAUUUGUGUCUACAGUUGCAGAGAAAAAUUAUAACCUGCCAAAAAGUUAUCAGAGGGUUCUUAGCCCGCCAGCACCUGCUUCAGAGGAUGAGCGUCACACUGCAAGAGGUCACCUCCAUCAACAGCUUCUUGCAGCACACGGAGGACAUGGGGCUGAGAACCUAUGACGCCCUGGUCAUCCAGAAUGCUUCAGACAUUGCCCGGGAAAACGACAGGCUCCGUGAUGAAAUGAAUGCCACCUCCCACAAGGAGAAGUCCGAGGGCAGGAGCAAGCAGGAGGAAGGGCCCAGGAGAGCCGAAGACCAGGGUGGCCCCCGGAACUCCCAUUCCAGCCCCAUCAUGCUCUCCCUGGCCGUGGACGCUCUGGGCCCUUCCAUCUGGUCUCCCUCACUGCACGCCGUGUUCAGCAUGGAUGACGGCAGCAGCCUCCCGUCACCAAGGAAGCAGCCUCCACCCAAGCCCAAGAGGGACCCUAACACCCGACUGAGUGCCUCCUAUGAGGCCGUGAGUGCCUGCCUCUCCGCAGCGGCCAAGGAGGCUGCCCAGGAAGCUCUGACCCGGCCCAGGCCUCACAGCGACGACUACAGCGCCGUGAAGAAGAUCCCUCCCCGGAAGCCCAAGCGCAGUCCGGACACCAAGCUGAGCGGCUCCUACGAGGAGAUCCCGGGGCCUCCCCGGCGCGCCCCGUGCCCUGCCGCGCCGCAGGCCGCCACGGACGAGGCCGAGCCCGUGUACAUCGAGAUGCUGGGCCACGCGGGUCGGCCCGGCGGACCCGAGCCGGAGAGCCCCGACCAGGGCGAGGCGGUGUACGAGGAGAUGACCUUCCUCCCUGCCGAGGACGCGGGUCCGGCCACCGUCUGCCGCGCGCCCGCGUCGCCGCCCCUGUGGCUGGACAGUCGGAGACCCGCGCCCCUAGAGGAUGGGGCGCCCGGUGGCCUGGCCGCGGGGCCCUUCGGGGACGCGUGCGACAUCCCAGCGCCUUUCCCCAACCUGCUGCCGCACCGGCCCCCGCUUCUGGUGUUCCCCCCGACGCCCGCCACCUGCUCCCCGGCCUCAGACGAGUCUCCUCUGACGCCCCUGGAGGUGAAAAAGCUGCCGGUCCUGGAGACCAACCUCAAAUACCCAGUCCAGCCCGAGGGUUCCAGCCCCUUGUCUCCACAGUAUCCCAAAAACCCGAAGGGGGACGGUGGCAGGCCCGCGUCCCCAGGCUCCGCGACGUUUAACGGGCCCAGCAGAAUCUCCCCACCGCCCACGCCCCCGCCUCCCCCGCGGCCGCCUCCGGGGCCGCCUCUUGCCUCCCACCUGCCGUCCACGCUUUUCUCCUUCCCGCCGGAGAUGGUUGUGCUUCACACAGGAAAAGCGACGGCAAACGCGGAUCUGUCCAAAACCCACCAAAAGCCAAACUCUGCCCCGGUGGCUGGUCCGUGCAGCACCUUCGCCAAGAUCCCACAUUCCCCGGGGAAAGCUGCCAGGGCCGAGCCCAGGAAGGCGAGCGUCCCGGCCGGCUCCCGGGCGCCCUACAGCCCCCCAAGCUCCAGGCCUCUCAACAGCCCCCUGGACGAGCUCACCAGCCUCUUUAAUUCGGGAAGGAGCGUGCUUCGGAAGUCCGCUGUGGGAAGGAAAAUCAGGGAAGCCGAAGGUUUCGAAACUAACAUGAACCUAACUAGCAGGGAUGAUCCCCGUACAUCAGAAGUCGCUUCAGAGACUCAAGAUAGGAACGCAAAUAACCAUGGAAUUCAAUUAUCUAAUUCACUAUCAAGUGCCAUAACUGCUGAAAAUGGAAAUUCCGUCUCCAAUGGUUUACCUGAAGAAGAAGGAUACCCAAGGCUGUCUCUGGGGGGCACAGCGGUGUCAUCUUUUCAGAGCCACAGGGAGAGCCACACCACUCAGGUCAUCCACCAGCUGAGGCUCUCUGAGAACGAAGGCGUGGCCCUGCAGGAGCUGCUGGACUGGAGGCGGCAGCUCUGCGAGGAGAGGCAAGGCUGGCAGCCGCUCCUGCGCCGCGCUGAGCCCAGGGCAGCGCCCCCACCUCCCUGCAAGAAGCCUGCGGUGCUGAAGAAGCCCGAGGGGGCCGCCUGCAACCGGCUGCCUUCUGAGCUCUGGGAUAGCGGCGUGUGAUGGGGCCUGAACUGCAGACUCGCCAAAUAAAGCUGCCCCCUGACUCCAGGCCGCUGCUCAGAAGGCUGCCUCUGACACCGGCUGGGUCCUCCUCCACACGCGGACCCAAAAAAAGCACAGGACGCUGCCGCCAAGUACAAGAGUCCCCCUGUGUGCUGUGUGUGUGCGUGUGUUCUUUCUUAUCCAUUUUGUGGUGAUACACUGACUUUCAGGCUCCACGUUUAUAGGGCCGGUCUACUCCUAGGUAGCACGAGAAGGCCUGGGAACAGUGUGGCCAGGGUGAGGGAGGCCAGAAGGGCCGUCCAUACCCAAGCCUGGGGACAGUGUGGCCAGGGUGAGGGAGGCCAGAGGGGCCGUCCAUACCCAAGCCUGGGGACGGUGUGGCCAGGGUGAGGGAGGCCAGAGGGGCCGUCCAUACCCAAGCCUGGAGACAGUGUGGCCAGGGUGAGGGAGGCCAGAGCGGCGGUCCAUACCCAAGCCUGGGGACAGUGUGGCCAGGGUGAGGGAGGCCAGAGGGGCCGUCCACAUAUACUCUGUACAGUUGUUUUUAUAGAGCUCAACAAUAUGUUUAUUGUACUUCCAAUGGUUUUAUUAUAAUACAGUAUAUGAGACAUAUAUUUUAUUUCUUUGUAGGUGUUUGUGUUUUACUGGAGUUACAUACCCGAUCAUUAUUUACAUGUUUAUGACUGUAUUUUAAAAUGUUAUGCAACUGGUGCUGCUCCCUUUCUUCAAAAUACAAAUUUUUAAAACUCAUUACUAUUUUCUUUUUCCUCUACACGUUUUCCUUUAACUGAAGGCACCUAAAAAUCUCGAGACUGUUGUUCAGCUUCGCCAUUGUUAACCCUUGCUCAGUGUGGACCAAGCCCCAUGUUUUAGAUUUUAUUCUUCAGUUAGGAGGAAGUUCUUUGUCCUGUAUUUCUGGAUGGGUGGACUGUCUGCUGUUUUAGUUAACUUCGCCUUCCAACUUCACCGUAGGUCGCAGGAAUUCACGCAGCACUCGGUUAAACACGAGCAGCUGCAGAUUCAUCGCUAGUGUGUGAGAUGGUCAUAUUUGUUCAAAGGUCUGAACAGUGCAAGUAUAUACGCUGAGAUUUACCAGUCUGAGCAGUAAAGGCUGUAUCACAGACGGCCGUCCUCUGGGAGUUAUGCUGCAUGACUCGCUCGUUGUAUGUCCGGACCCCCCUGUAAUGCACGGCCUCUCCCACUGAGCUUCCCCGGCUGUGGGGAAGUUCUGAGCAGCCCCACCCCCACCCCGUUCCCGGCCACUGUGUCUGCUACUUGGAACUCUUUAUUUAGAUCAGCCCUGGAAAAGUUACUGUGCCAA